AUGCCCUUCUUCUUGCUGAAUCCGGCAACCGGCCCAACUGCAACAGGUGCCAGGCAGUGCCUGCCACUGCUGGCCCUGCGGGCUCUAUUACAAGUGUGCAUAGCCAUCGCCAUCAUCGUGACCCAGCCGAUGCUCGCAGAGCCGCACGUCGUCCUGCAGCUGGUCGGUAUGGGGCUGAGCUUCUGUUACUUCCCGCUGGAUAUCUGGAUGUCCUGCACGUACAUCCGCAACAACACGAAUGAGGAUGACGAUGAUGAUCGGGUUGGCCCGGCCGUUUGCACGCUGUUCGUCUGCCUCCCCUUCCACGCCCUGAAUGGCUCGCUUCUGGUGGUCUCCUUCAUCGUGGCAUCGGGGGCUGAUCUCGUGGCAUCCGACUAUGUCGUCCUCGUGCUCGGCUGCAUGUGGAUCUUCCCCGGCCUGCUUCUGCUCAUCGUCAGUUGUCUCCAAUGGCUUGUGCAAGGCAUGCGGCGCUUCUGCGACGCAGUGGCUCCGGCUCAGGCUCCGCGAAAG